UUAUUUUGCUAUUUCUCAAUUCUCCAGAAUCCCACAAAAUAUUGCUUGACUUUGGGAUGGUUAUUCAGCUGCAAUUAACAGAGGCCUUAAUAAGGUUAAGCCGCCAGAACGAGCGGUGUAGCAUGAGCGAGGACUCUAGCACCCGGCAGGUGAGGUUUUUGCGCUUCUCUCUCUCUCUUUUUUUUUUUUUUUGAGAAGAGUCGAGCUCUGUCGCAAGGCUGGAGCGCAGUGGCCCGAUCUCGACUCACUGCAAUCUCCGCCUCUCGGGUUCAAACGAUUCUCCUGCCUCAGACAGCUACUUUUUGACUCACUGCAAUCUCCGCCUCUCGGGUUGAAACGAUUCUCCUGUCUCAGACAGCUACUUUUUGUAUUUUUAGUGGAGAUGGGGUUUCACCAUGCUGGCCAGGAUGGUCUCGAUCUCCUGACCUCGUGAUCCGUCCACCUCGGCCUCCUAAAGUGCUGGGAUUACAGGCGUGAGCCACCGCGCACGGCCGUUUUUGCGCUUCUCGAUUUCGCCACGUGGCUUUGCGGUAGCCCAGGAGGUACUAGCAGGGCGGAGGCACGAAUAACACCCAAAGGACUACAGUUUCCAGAAGCCCGCGCGCGCCGCGUGCCACGUGACCGCCUGGCUGGCGCGCGCGCCUGGGGGUCUGGUCCCUAGCCGCGUUCUCGGUCGCUUCCCUCUUCUCUCGCCGCCUCCUGGCCUCCGCACCGACGCGGCCCGGGCUGGAGCCGAGCCGGGGCCGAGCUGCAGGCCGAACCGGAGCCGGAUCUGUACCCGCUGAGACGUGGAAACAUGGAGGCCUGAGCCGGUGUGCGCCACCUGGGGCUGCGGCGGCGACAGCGACUUCUCUUGACCCCUCUGCCACCCGCCCGUCCGUCCGCGGGUCCGUGGAGCUGGAGCAGAUCCCCCAGCCGGCUGAGACAGGUUGUCUUUUGGAAAUGCAGGUUUAAGGACAAAUUAUCUGCUUAAGCUAGAGGAUGGGAUCGAAUAGCAGCAGAAUCGGCGAUCUUCCUAAAAAUGAGUACUUGAAAAAGUUAUCCGGCACGGAAUCUAUCUCUGAGAAUGACCCGUUCUGGAAUCAGCUUCUCUCAUUUUCUUUCCCUGCACCAACUAGCAGUACUGAGUUGAAACUCUUGGAGGAAGCAACCAUUUCAGUCUGCAGGUCGUUAGUUGAAAACAAUCCUCGAACAGGAAAUCUUGGUGCACUAAUUAAGGUCUUCCUUUCUAGAACCAAAGAACUAAAACUUUCAGCAGAAUGUCAGAACCACAUCUUCAUUUGGCAGACACACAAUGCUUUGUUUAUUAUUUGCUGUUUGCUGAAAGUGUUCAUCUGUCAGAUGUCAGAGGAGGAAUUACAACUUCAUUUUACUUAUGAAGAAAAAUCUCCUGGCAAUUACAGUUCUGACUCAGAAGAUCUUUUGGAAGAAUUGCUGUGCUGUUUGAUGCAGUUAAUCACUGAUAUUCCACUCUUAGAUAUUACAUAUGAAAUAUCAGUAGAAGCUAUAUCAACAAUGGUUGUUUUCCUUUCCUGCCAACUCUUCCACAAAGAAGUUUUGCGACAGAGCAUCAGCCACAAGUAUUUGAUGCGAGGUCCAUGUCUUCCAUACACCAGCAAACUUGUGAAGACCUUAUUAUAUAACUUUAUCAGACAAGAAAAGCCACCUCCUCCAGGAGCCCAUGUUUUCCCUCAGCAGUCAGAUGGGGGAGGACUGCUUUAUGGACUUGCAUCAGGAGUAGCAACAGGACUCUGGACUGUCUUCACACUAGGUGGUGUGGGCAGCAAAGCGGCUGCCUCUCCAGAGCUUUCUUCCCCUCUGGCCAACCAGAGUCUCCUGCUUCUGCUGGUGUUGGCCAAUCUGACAGAUGCCUCAGAUGCGCCAAACCCCUACAGACAAGCCAUUAUGUCCUUCAAGAACACACAAGAUAGCAGUCCUUUCCCCUCAUCAAUUCCACAUGCCUUCCAGAUCAACUUUAAUAGUUUGUACACAGCUCUUUGUGAACAGCAGACAUCUGAUCAAGCAACUCUUCUCUUGUAUACCUUGCUUCAUCAAAAUAGUAAUAUUAGAACAUACAUGUUGGCUCGCACAGAUAUGGAAAAUCUUGUUUUACCAAUUCUUGAGAUUCUGUAUCAUGUUGAAGAAAGGAAUUCACACCAUGUGUAUAUGGCCCUUAUAAUAUUGUUGAUCCUUACGGAAGAUGAUGGCUUCAACAGAUCCAUUCAUGAAGUGAUACUAAAAAAUAUUACUUGGUAUUCAGAACGAGUUUUAACUGAAAUCUCCUUGGGGAGUCUCCUGAUCCUGGUGGUAAUAAGAACCAUUCAAUACAACAUGACUAGGACACGAGACAAGUACCUUCACACAAAUUGUUUGGCAGCUUUAGCAAAUAUGUCGGCACAGUUUCGUUCUCUCCAUCAGUAUGCUGCCCAGAGGAUCAUCAGUUUAUUUUCUUUGCUGUCUAAAAAACACAACAAAGUUCUGGAACAAGCCACACAGUCCUUGAGAGGUUCGCUGAGUUCUAAUGAUGUUCCUCUACCAGAUUAUGCACAAGACCUAAAUGUCAUUGAAGAAGUGAUUCGAAUGAUGUUAGAGAUCAUCAACUCCUGCCUGACAAAUUCCCUUCACCACAACCCAAACUUGGUAUACGCCCUGCUUUACAAACGCGAUCUCUUUGAACAAUUUCGAACUCAUCCUUCAUUUCAGGAUAUAAUGCAAAAUAUUGAUCUGGUGAUCUCCUUCUUUAGCUCAAGGUUGCUGCAAGCUGGAGCUGAGCUGUCAGUGGAACGGGUCCUGGAAAUCAUUAAGCAAGGCGUCGUUGCGCUGCCCAAAGACAGACUGAAGAAAUUUCCAGAAUUGAAAUUCAAAUAUGUGGAAGAGGAGCAGCCCGAGGAGUUUUUUAUCCCCUAUGUCUGGUCUCUUGUCUACAACUCAGCAGUCGGCCUGUACUGGAAUCCACAGGACAUCCAGCUGUUCACCAUGGAUUCCGACUGAGGGCAGGAUGCUCUCCCACCCGGACCCCUCCAGCCAAGCAGCCCUUCAAGUUCUUUUAUUUCUGGGUAACAGAAGUAGACAGACAGAUUACUUGGUGUAUCUUCUGUUAAAGAGGAUUGCACAAGUGUGUUUUCCUCACAUACUUUGAUUUGGAGAAUUGGCGCCAGCUGGCAAUAGAUAACUCAGCGUAGAUAGUAGUGCAAAAAGGGGAGGAAAUACACAACAAUAAUAAAUGUAAAAACCUGCUAUUCAA